UUUAUCAAGAAAGUGCCAUCUAUCCUUUAUUGUGUAAACAAUGGAAUUGGUUCUUUCUCCCCUCUUAACUGUAUGAUGGCUUGUAUUUUUAGGUAGUGAAAUGUCAUACCUCUGGUAAUAGUUUGGAGCUACAUGUGACUGGACAUACGGCUCUAUUUAUAGCGCACAAGGACAGACAUCACAGCUGAAAUGUCCCUUCAGGGAGAAAACACUUUCAAACGGGACACUGUCAUUCAAAACUAAAGAUUGAGGAGCAUGCGAUGUGUCAAAAUGGACGAUUUAGAUCACAGCAUGCACAUUGCGGAGUGUGACUGGACCGUCUUCUAUGAGGAGAGCGAGGAGUGCGAUCUGCCUCGACCGCCUCUCGCCCGCCACGACAGCGCGAGCCUCACUGAUUUGGAGGAUUCGGGAAACUCAAGUCCGGUCUGCAGCGCGGGCCCAAAGGGGCCGAACGCCGCUGCAAACGGGGACGGAGUCGAAAGCAGCGCCGCGGGAUGCUGCCUGGAGGAGAAGAACUACUCGGGUUGUGAAAAGUACACGUCAAGGCCUAACAUUCAGAGCGCUGCAACAGGAGAAGGAGACCUCGCAACAAAAGCUGAAAUGCGCCUCGCUCCGUCUGUAGGAGCGGAGCACCUCGCCAAAGACCCGGCGCUGAAGGGAGAAGACGGAGACGUGCAGAUGGAGGGCGACGUGAAACGUGACCCGCUUCCUGGCGACCGAGCAGCGGUCGAUUUGAACGAAUCGCACGCGGCGGACAGGGCCGCGCGGCAGGGUGUGACUGGCGCCGCUUUGGGGGGAGAAAAAGAGCGCUGGUUCGUGACGGUGAACGUCAGCCCUGCGCCGCGGCGCCCGCGUGCCGUCCCUGUAAGAAAAAGACAAAGGCGAAAGCGAAAUCUUAAGGGCAAGGACACGUGUAGGCCGGGACAAGACGGGUCACACGAAGAUGGCUUAGAGUUACAGAUAAUGGGAGAACAUUGUGAAUUUGACCCAGAGGAUGUCACAACAGAAAACCCAACCCGGGUGAAAGAUUUGGCUGAAGAAGAUCCUGAGAGCACUCAUGAGGGAAUCCUUUCAGGUGCAUCACAAAUGCCUUUGACCCCCAGGGCAGAAGACGGUUGGUCAGAAGAGCUGGUGACACCUCCUUCCCCCAAACGCAGCGUCGGCGAGCCAAUGACGAGCGGAGAGAGCGCGGCGUCCGAUGAGUUCGAGGACGUCGUCGACUUCUCCUCCACUCACAGCUCCGACUCUGAAAGCUUCGUGUCCGCCGCCGAGUCGCUGGAGGAACAACGCCAUUCGCAAAGCUCCUCCUCUCCGACGGAAAACCCAAAUCUGUUGCGUCUCAGCGCGAAUGGCGGCGCGGACGACGACGCGCAGGGCGGCCACGUGCCUUCCCGCAAUACCACUCUCUCUCCCAGUGUGACAGCUGCCAACUCGGAGGGUCACGAAAGGGCAGAUGCCACCCAGACAUUCCCAUCUGCCGCUGUUGACAAAUUGGCAGCUGACGCAGACACACCCUCGGAAACACGUGGACCCCCAAAACGGGGAAUUAGCCCUCCGGCGUGUGGCAGCCCUUCAGGGGACCGUCUUCUCUCCGUUCCCGACUUGACGGUCACACGCUGCUGCUGCGAGGCAGACAGCCCUGAGACGUACGCCGAGGCCGCGGGCCACGAGCGGCCUGUGUACGCCAUCUCUGCCUUUUGGGACGAAAUGGAAAGGUUGACGAUAAACGACAUUUUGCAGCUGAGGGGGGGCGGAAGCGGUCCUCCCAGGGGGACGCCACAUGUGGAGGACCUGGUCUCUCUGGAGGACACCCGGGAGCACAGUCCGUGUGAUGGCCGUCUGACGGACGUGUCCAGCACUGCUGACUCGGACUAUUUCACGCAGCCUGACGAAUCCAAGCCGGACCGUUGGAGCUGGGACUUUUCCACCUCCGAUGCUGAGGAGGAAUACUCCAGCGGGAACCCCAGUCCUGAGCCCAAAAGCGACAAAGGACGAAGCGCGAGCGGCGCGGGCCAGGAAGAGGAGACCUCCACAAGCAAUGAGGGAAACGCGACACUUGUGCCUUCGGGGGACGUCGCAAGGACGCGUCCGGAGGACGAGGACGAGGACGCGUUCGCAUCCCGCCGACUCGCCCGCCCGAGACGAAUCACAAAAAGCAGAAGCGUGCAAAAUGUACGAGCUCUCAACGCAGAGCGCUUACCUGCCCAGGUGCUUCCUGGUGACGACGAGAGCAGCCGGUUCCUGGGGGCCGAAGGGCUUCUAAAAGCAAGCGGCAGCUUGUUGGCACCAAUCCCUGCGCCUCUCACGGAUGGACAUUAUGCAAUCGUCUUCCCUGAAGGGUUUCUAGACGCUUUCAGAGAGGAUGAAACAGAGAGCGACUUCCGCUGUGUCCCCGCUUACAAGCCAGGGGACGUCUCCGUUUCUCCCGGGAUGGACUUUCCGCUUUGGACAUUCAGGGAUGAAAUGCCCUUCUUUUCCCUCCACGAUGAGAAACCCAUUCCCAUUUUCUCCUCUUCCCGUCCCACCGUAAGAGAACUCACAUUCUCAAAUCCUCCCUGGGUUUUCUUGAGUGCGGACCGCGAGGAGGACGACGACCACUUCUCCCCCAUCAGAGUCUCGUCUCGCGCUUUCGUCCACGACAGCGACUGCGGGGCGGCGGCGUCGCACGGAUUUUACGUUUGGAAAAGUUUGAUGAGGAAGAUUUGCUUUCCAGACAAAGGUGGCAGCUGGCGCGGGACGUCCGGCUCCUGGGCGGUUCCGGUCGAGAAGAGUGCGGAUCCUUCAGUCUCUUCAGCUCCUUCUCAGCUGUUUAGAGAACUGGCCGCACAGCAGAGCGUUUGGGAAGCCUUCAGGACGACGAGACGAGAGGGCAUCUUCUCCACGCUGAAGCAGUCAGACAUGUGUUUGGUCUGCAUCGCUUUUGCCUCCUGGGUGUUAAAAUCUUCUGAUCCAGAUGGUGCCGACGCCUGGAAAGCAGCUGUUUUAGCAAACGUGAGCGCGCUGUCGGCCAUCCAGUACCUGCGGCACUAUGUGAAGAAGAAGAACCCCUCUUAAGAUAAUCCCUCACACACCUGGGUCCAUCUGUGAAAUCUACUGCAUACAAAAAUGGCAGUAAUGUACUUGAGCUUUGCAAACUUAUGUUUGACGUUAUCUGUCUGUCUUGUUAACAAGAAAUGCACUUUUUCAGAUAUUUUAUUUAUUCCUUACAGAUUGGGGGGAUAGUCCCGGUGCUAAAACGCUUAUUUGCAAUAAAUAUAGUUGGAAUCAAUCUAAAGAAUAAAUUAUACAUUGGGAAAUAGACGCAUAUACGUUCAGUUUUAAAGUUUUAACUCAGAUAUUUUCAUAAAAGGGUGAAACGUCCUAUUUGUAGGCGGACAAAAAAUAACAAUGAAAUAAAUGUAGUCGCUCAGACACAAUAGUCAUAGUCACAAACCCUCUAGUGCCGAGGUGAUUACGGAGAUUAUUUUGCUAAUAAUAUUCAUUUGGUUCAGAGCCACCAACAAGCUAGUUGAGUUGAAAAUGAACAAACAUUUAGAUGGUUUGGGUCUUUUUCGUUGGAUUUGUUGUAAACAUUUGAUUCAUUAGUUCAGGGUAAAGAGAUGUUGAUGUGGACCAUUAUAGAAGUGUCUUUGUAGAACCACAGGGACACAACAGUAAGAAAGUAUUUAGUUGAAGGCUUUCGGUCUGAUGUGUAAUGUCUGUAAUAGAAGCUUCAGUAGGUACCAUGGGCUGUUCUUUAUGGGUUAACAUCUUCCAAGUGGUUCCAAAAAUGCUUGAGUCUGCUUUGAGUCUUUGAGUUAACACAAAGCUAUGUCAAUUUGUAAAAGUAAUAUGUAGUAUAAUUGGCCGUUAUACAUAUCCGCCAUAAUAAAACAUGCAUAUCCUUUGGGUGUUGCCGUCUCAGUUGCUUUUAUGUAAAUUAUCUGUCGCAUUUUCUAAAAAAUAAUUGUUGUCAGAAGAAUUCUUUUUGCCAACUAGACUGGGAACAUACGACUUUACAUGAAUAUGUUGAGUGGAGUUAGUGAUUUAAUGCAAAAAAGUUAUGAAUACAUGCUUCUCUAUCCAAGUUGACAUAUGGAGGAAGAAACAGAGCUAACAUGAUCCUAUACUGUCAUUUUCACACAGUAUGUACACAUGCUUAUCUAGUACACCUCAGUCAAAUAAAUGCAGUUGAAAACAUGUUACACCGAUCGGUGUUCUGGAUUUGUAGCCAUA